UUAUCGAAACGCACGUGACCUACACCAUGGAUGGUUAUAUCUUGACACUGCACCGUUUGCGUUGUAAUAAAGUAUUCGAGGAAAAUGACUACCAAAGUAAAAAGCGCAUAAUCUUGCUUCAUCAUGGGCUACUAGGCAGCUCAGCAGACUGGUUGCUACUUGGACCGAAAAAGGCACUACCGUAUAUUUUAUCUGACGAGGGCCACGAUGUUUGGAUGGCAAAUGCCAGGGGAAACAUUUACUCCCGUUCUCACGUUAGUUUGAACCUUAACUCUGACGAAUAUUGGAACUUUUCAUGGCAAGAGAUCGGUGAACGCGAUCUGCCGGCUACAUUGGAUUACAUAAGGAAGACAAGCAACAGCACCGAACCCAUAGAUUAUAUCGGCCAUUCAAUGGGAGCGACUGCCUUAUUAGUGUUGCUUUCAGUUGAUCAAAACUAUAAUAGAUACAUUAGAAUUGCCUUCUUACUUGCUCCAUUAGCAUUUAUGGCACACACUCAAGGUCCAAUGGAAAUUAUGGCAAAAAUGGAAGAAGCAGACCUCUUAAAACUUUUAGGCACAAGAGAAUUCGCGCCUAAGAGACAAGCCCACCUACCUGCAAAUUACGCAGAGUUUAUAUCUAAAAUGUGCAACGAUUUAGCUGUUUAUUGUACAAAUCCAUUAUUUUUUCUAAGUGGAAGUCCUUUGCAAGAAGGUACCAGAACGACCGAGUCGACCGAUCAGCUCUUGGAAUAUACCCCGGCCGGUGCAUCCUCGAAAACAAUAAUUCAUUAUCUCAUGUUAAUUGCAAGCAAAAAAUUUCAUCAUUAUAAAAGACCUGAUUGGCAGUUCAAAUUAAAAUACAUAAGUACUCCAAUCCUCAUUUUAAGUUCAAACGAUGAUUUAAUAUCGAACGCAGCGGAUAACCAGAUGUUGUAUUUAUCUAUUUUGAAUCCACUGGGUCAUAUAAUAAUUAAAGAUCAGAACUUUAGCCACACUGAAUUUGCUUGGGGUUUCAAUGCGGACUUACUAAUAUAUUAUAAAAUUAGAGAUUUGAUUGAGUUGGGCCCCGAUAUAAUAACGGUACAAUAAAAGUUUUAUGUUUUACUUGAAAUUUGAUAAAUAUUGACAAAGCCGCAUCCUGUGACAUUGAUUCGGACCUUAA